ACGUAACGCGUUGUGUACGACUGUUAUUGUUGGAGAGCAAUGGCGGCGCACCGGGGAUCAUCGAGCAAAUGGUUUUUCUCCCGGGAGCAGCUGGAGACGACGCCGUCGCGCCGGUGUGGACUGGAGCCCGACAGAGAGCUCUCAUAUCGUCAACAAGCUGCAAAUCUCAUCCAGGAUAUGGGACAGAGGCUCAAUGUCUCGCAACUGACGAUAAACACUGCAAUUGUUUACAUGCAUAGGUUUUAUAUGUACCACUCAUUCACCAAGUUCCACAGAAACAUAAUCUCCCCCACUACGUUAUUCUUGGCGGCUAAAGUCGAGGAACAACCCAGAAAACUUGAACACGUCAUUAAAGUGGCUCACGCCUGUUUAAACCCUCAAGAGGCUCCUUUAGAUACAAAGAGUAAUGCGUACCUCCAGCAAGCUCAAGAGCUGGUGAUACUUGAAACCAUAGUGCUGCAGACUUUAGGGUUUGAAAUAACUAUUGAGCAUCCUCAUACUGAUGUUGUGAAAUGUUCCCAACUAGUUCGAGCAAGCAAGGAUCUGGCACAGACUUCCUAUUUCAUGGCUACCAACAGCCUACACCUCACCACGUUCUGCCUGCAGCACAGGCCCACAGUCAUCGCUUGCGUGUGCAUUCACUUAGCCUGCAAGUGGUCGAACUGGGAGAUCCCUGUUUCUACUGACAGCAAGCACUGGUGGGAGUAUGUGGACAAUUCGGUCACACUCGAGCUCCUAGAUGAAUUGACACACGAGUUUCUUCAGAUUUUGGAGAAGACUCCCAGUAAGUUAAAGAGGAUUCGAAACUGGAGGGUAAUUAGUUCUGCAACGCAAGCUGCCAAGAAACCUAAAACAGAUGGAGCGUCAUCCGAAAGCAGCUCUUUUCCUGGCCCCUCGUUAGUCCAGGACCACUUGAUGGUAGACGCCAUUUCUGGAGUUACAGCAAACGCGACCUUUUCCAAACCUUCUACGUCACUUCCUAUUUCCCUGCAGGCCAGUGGGCUUCCUUUGGACCAUAUUGCUACCACUGUACAAGGCACUUCUUACACUUUCACAGCCCCCAGUGACUGGCCUCAAGACCAAGCACACUCAGACCCGUACGUAUUCAAACAGCUUCCAUUGCUCCCUCACCGGCCGGACAAAUGCGCAGAGUUCACCGCUGUAAAACAUGAACACAAGGCCAGCAAACAGCAAUCUUCUGUGUACCUGCCUCCACCCACGUCUCAGCCACAGAAGAUGUCCCUGGAGAAAUAUAAGGAGAAGCACGCAGCUGAAUUAGCAGCACAGAAACGCAGGCAAGAGCAGCCGAGCACGGAACCCGAGGUCAGAGAUUCGUAUGGGAGUUCCGGCCAGGUCGAGCACCGAAAGCCACAACAGCCUUAUGCUCACGAGCAGCAGGGCGGCAGCAGCAGCAGCAGCACUUUCAUCAGCUCACCACUAAAGAUGAAACUUCCCAUAACAGGCCAGGAAAAAGUUCAAGGGGAGAAGCGGGAAAAGGGGAGCUCGCUAAAGCUCCGCCUUCCAGUCCAGGCUGAGAAAAGUGGCACAAGUAAAGAGGAGCUGAAGAUGAAGAUCAAGGUUUCCUCAGAGCGCCACAGCUCAUCAGAUGAAGGAGCGAGCAAAAGCAAGCAUUCCAGUCCGCUAGUGAGCAAGGAGAAGCACCGGCACCACCAUAAACAUGGCUAUACAAAUCCACACCAGCGCAGCGGCUCCACCAUCAAGAGCCCUGUGACCCUCGGUAGCGAGUCAGGUCAGGGCUCGAGCUCUUUGCAUAAGAGGACACACACCGAUGGCAGCCAUAAUCAUCGCUCAAAAAAGAGCAAAGGCUCCAAGCCAGCCACAGCAGGUGGACAAGGAUUCCCCGGAGAGCCGUGGUCCUGAAAGCACUAACGGCCUGCGCGGAACACUACAAGGACUCGUUUAGCAUGGUAGAACCGCUGUUAAGUGCCCAAGGAAUGAACUUAGGACGACAGCACGGUUCAUACUUGAGAGAAGAUAAAAAUAAUAAUAAUAAUAAUAAAUGUGUAAUUGCUGCUUUGUGUUCCAUAUUUCCAAGUGUGUGUGUUACAGGGCCAUCUUGAUGCAAAUAUGUUUCUCCACAGGUUAAAAUUAAGAAUUCUAUAAGGCAAGAAACGUGCAAUUAUUUCCCCUAUUUUAUAAUUUCUAUAAUACUUAACUGUAAGACACUGAAGAAAUCCUGACCCCUCAUUACCUGACGCACGUCCCUGAAUUUGUUAGGAUAGAUGCGGUCUGUAGUGAGGCGUUAAAACGAGAGAUUAUUUUUAUUAGUUUUUUUUUUUUUUUUUAAGUCGUGUAGUUAUAAACACGCUACCUUUGUUGUUUUCUUUUUGCUACCUUGUAUGAGCGACGCAUGUUUCAGCCAUCAAUGGGAUGAAAAAUAGCGCCGUUUACAGAGAGUGGAGAUAAGUGUACAUACGUUUUUGUAUGUUUAAAAAAAAAAAGCUAUACUCUAAAUACUCAGGUUUGGCGCUGCUUGUAUUAUAUUUUGGAGACGUAUGUGAAUCGCUACAGGAAUCAGACGUGAGAGCCCUGCAUGACUGUCAGAAGAGAGCAAGGUCCAACACCAUGCUAGGAAAUCCACCAAUCACCUGGCAUGAGCCUGUCUGAGGCUGUACAGCUUGUUAUUACAAUUUCUUGUGACCUCCAAUACGAACUUAAGCUGGAUGCCAAAGGCUGUGCCUCAACAAAAAAAAAAAUGGAGAGAAAUAAAUAUCAAGUAAGGACAAGUAUAGUGCUAUGAAGUUUACAUAACCUUUGCUGUGAAGUGCAUUUAAAUUUUUCUUGGCUUGACUCUGUAGCCUCCUUGUACAAAGCUGUAAAUAAAUAAGAUAUGUUUGAAUAAUAAUGUUGGCGAAGACGUGACCAGGUCUGUUCUCAGUGUCCAGUCUUUCAUUUUCAUUUGGUCGGUUUCUUCCAUAGUUUUUUUUUUUUUCUUUUUGUACAUGCAUUCAUUCUUUGUGUGGCAAGCAAUUUGUGAAGCAUUUUAUUUUCAGACACAUGUUUAGACUUUUUUUUUUCUCAUCCCUCUUCAUUGCAAUUAAAUUCUAACAAUAAAUCACAUGGUUUCCACUACUUCAA